AGUUCACACACAAAUUGCAUUAUUUCCGCGCUGCGAUAUAUUGGCGCGUUUUUCAUGCUUUUCGUUUUUCGUUUAUUUUUAUUCUUUUUUUCGUGGCUUGGAACUGGAACAAAAGCGUAAUGUAUAUGCAGGGUAAAAAGUUUAGGGCGAUUGUUGUGGAUGUGAAUUUUGCAUAAGGACAUGAAGAGCAGCACCCAGGAGAACAAAAAGCGGAAGGGGCCGCUUAAUUCCGGAGGAAUACUGCAAAAAAAUAGGAUCCAGUGAUCUGCUAAUUUCUGAGUUUGGCGGCUAAUGCAUCUCGUCGUGGAUAAAGUUAUACCAUUACGGCGGAGCUCUGCUCCUACAUAUGCAAAUGCCAGCUUGUUAGCGACAAAACUUGAAUGAUUGAAAAUGCAAAUUGCGAGUGCAUCUGACUUGCGGCAUGGAUGGUUGUUGCAGGUGCAGCAAGGACGACAGCAACAAAUCAAGGACACCGCAAAUUAAGCCACGACGACACAACCGUUAAAGUGGCGGAAAUGACACAGUCAAAAUGUAUCGUUGCAAAAAUUGGUUUUGUGCGCGCAGCAACAACAACAACUAUGUGGAUGUGGCACUAAGUGACCCGGCAACAACAGCAGCAACAGCAAGUCGCAAUAAUAGCGCCAGCAACAACAACAACAGCAGAAGCAACAAUUGCAACAACAGUAGCAUCGGUAAUACCAGCAACAGCAGCAAAAGCAAUCAACAGACAAACGCCGCCACAGCGGGUGGUUUUAGGGGUACAGGUGCAAUACCCGGUGCUGGUACACACUAUCCCAAUCACCCCAACGCCACCCACUCCGCCUCAUUUGGCGCCGCCGAUGAGCCAUCGCCGCCACAGGCCCAUGUGGUCACCUUUCUGGACGAUACGGCCAGCGGCAGCAAUAGCGGAGCCGUGACCAGCAGCCGCCUCGUGACCACCGCGGAGCUUCAUCAGGCCCACAUGCUGGAGCACCACUCGAAUCUGGACGCCAUCGAGCAGGCGGAUGAUUUCAUCUAUGGCCCCGGUGCAGGGUUGUCGCUGUGCGACGACAGCCUGCCAUCGGCCAAAAACUGCUAUCGACUCGUUAUGCUUGGCUCAUCACGCGCCGGCAAGUCGUCGAUUGUGGCACGUUUCCUGGGCAAUAGGUUUGAGGAAGCCUACACGCCGACCAUUGAGGAGUUCCAUCGCAAAUUGUAUCGCAUACGGAAUGAGGUCUUUCAAUUGGAUAUUUUGGAUACUUCUGGCUAUCAUCCGUUUCCCGCAAUGCGUCGUUUGUCAUUUCUAACUGGGGACCUCUUCAUCCUCGUCUUCAGCAUGGAUUCCCGCGAGUCCUUCGAGGAAGUGGUUCGCCUGCGGGAAAACAUACUGGAGACCAAAUGGGCAGCUCUCAAUCCGGGAUCUGGGUUCAAAAAAAAGAGUCUUCCCAAGAUUCCUAUGAUUUUGGCAGGCAAUAAAUGUGAUCGCGAUUUUAAAACUGUCCAAGUGGACGAGGUGAUGGGCUAUAUAGCUGGCCAGGACAACUGCUGCACCUUUGUGGAGUGCUCGGCGCGACAGAACUACCGCAUAGAUGACCUCUUCCACUCGCUCUUCACGGUGUCCAAUCUGCCGCUGGAAAUGACACCCAAUCACCACCGCCGACUGGUGUCCGUUUUUGGGGCACCAUCGCCCCUGCCGCCCCAUGGAUCAGCGGUGGGCGGGACCAAGAAGAACGCAUUGUCCAUCAAGCGACGUUUCAGCGAUGCCUGCGGAGUGGUAACCCCGAAUGCCCGACGCCCCAGUAUCCGGACGGAUCUCAACCUGAUGAGGUCCAAGACGAUGGCCCUCAAUGAGGGCGAGGGCGUGAGGGCCACCUCGCGCUGGAACCGCUGCGUCCUGAUGUAGGAACUGAUCAGGGCCGUGUGAUAGUAGUGUGGAGAGGCGGAUCCUUUUGUUGGAGGAGGGCCUAUCAAAGCCCAGCAACUAAUUUUAAACGCAGCGUUUGGGUGAUUUCGAUAUUUUAGUGUAAAUACUCUCGUAAACAUGGCGCGGCAAGUGUGUUGAAACUAUUAGUUAUUUAAUUAUGCAUUUUUACGCUUUCUCGUCGUACUUGUUUUACGAUAUGCAUAAUUGAAUGAUAAAGCACACACUCAACUCUGUCCAAUCUGAAUACCCUCAAAUGCACUUUUCACUUUUAUUUUCGGCAUUAAGUUUCCCAUUUAAAUUAUAUUUGUUAUUAUGAUCGUUGUAAUUGCACAUUUACUUGACGCACAAAUAGACACAUUUAAAGAAAACGCAAAAAGCAGAGGACAAUAAUGUUAAAACGUACUUGGAAUUGCUGGAUUUGUAAUUGUUAUUCAAAUUUAAUUUCUAGAUUUAACCAAUUGAAUUUCAAUGAAUUUACAUUGCAUUAUAUUUUAGUGUUAUCGUUGAUUGUUAAAGAUAUCCAAAUUCGUAUUAGAAAUAACCAUUCUGUUCUCAAAUCCAACUAAACCCCUUUCGAAAGAUUACAUAUCAGCCAAAACUGGAACCGAAAAACACCGAAUCAAAAUGGAAAUCUUGACCAACUAACAUACUAACUAACUCUACUGUAACACAUGUACACCGAUCGAAGCCAACCUAAGCCUACCACCUAUGGUUAACUAUACUGCAUAAUGAAAAACUUAUGAAUGCAAAAAACAUAUAAGAUACACACUUCUAGCGUUAAACCGAAUUUAUCAGAUCUGUUCCUGAUUCGAUUCCGCGAUCCAAUCGGGAACAGCUCCGUGUACGUUUAGCAAAUUCGAGUUUCAAUGUAACCUAAGCAACAGCAACAAUUUUCGCGAGUUUAACAUUUAUCAAAGUAUUAUCGAUAAUGGAAUUACAAAACAUAUGCGUUUCAGCGCGGCUUGAAACCAAGACCAAAUGAUUAUUCUAGCUAUACAACAAAAAAACUACAUACAUACUUACUUACCAGUGGCAUAAAUGCUAACCCUAAUAUAUGUAUUAACUUACCAGUUAUUGAAAAAAACAAAACAAAUAUAAAAAACAAAACAAAGUGCAAAUAUUUACAAUUUUCGCGUUGGGCCAAAGUGCACGAAUAUAAAAAAUAAACAAAUUUAAGUAAGGAAUUUAGUAA